AUGGAGCUACUUAAUAAUGGAGCAGAUGUAAAUUCUACAGACAGCCGCAAGCGUACCCCUCUCUAUUAUGCUGCAAGAGGAGGGUCUCUAGAACUAGUAAAAGAAAUUCUUGGGAGAGGAGCUGAGGUAAACAAGAAAUGUAGGUACGAUAUGACGGCACUACAUGCGGCUUGCCAAUUCAAAUCCUCUCCACCCAACGACAAUAUCGCCGUUGUCAAGUUGCUACUUGCCAAGAAAGCAGAUAUCGAUGCACGAGAC